GAGGACGACGAGUCCUACCGUAGUAUGCCUUGGACAGAUGUCGGCCGAUCUUUGCUGGCACGCCUCCGCAAGCCGGUGCGGCUUGAUUUUAUUCAUUUGCACUAUAUGUACUUCAUCUCGUCCGUGAUAAUAGGGUCAAUCAUGCUUUACCCAAAUGGUAGCAUUAGGUACAUUGACGCUCUCUUCUUGUCUAGUGGAGCAUGUACCCAGGCCGGAUUGAACACAGUCGACAUCAACAGUCUGAGCAAUUACCAGCAAGCCGUGCUCUACGUCUUACCUCUAUUUACCAAUCCUAUAACUGUUAAUUUUGGGAUUGUCCUGAUCCGCUUGAGAUGGUUCAGGAAGAGGUUUGAGCAUAUUGUGCGAGAGGCUCAGCUGCAACUGUCGGCUCGGCGAACAAUGAGCCGAACCAGGAGUCGCCAGGACAUUGAAGAAAGAGGUGUCGGCGGGAGGGAGAUCCGCGUUCUCCUGAAUGGCGGACGUUUCACUGAACCGAGGGGGCGGAACUCUAUGCCCGUAGGAGAGUCAAUGGAACUCUCUCUUCAACGACCGCCAUCCCAUAAUACGAUCGCUUCCAGUCAUGAGGGAGACUUGUCUUCCCGAGCGGGAAAGAAACCCUCGUCCUUCGCUGACGGCCAUGCUGAUAAUGCAGCUUCGGCUACCGAAAGCGACGCGACGAAUCAACCGCUACCGAAAGUUGGGUCCCCAGAUAUUCGCUUCGCAGACCUGCCGCAACCACGAAGAUUGUCAGUCGAUCAGCAGGGCAGCAGUCAUAUUGCAUUCGCCAAUGCCCCCAUCGUCGAUCGGCCAGAGGUCGCACCCCUUUUCGUACCUCGUCCUCAGGAUGUUGGAGGUACUGAUCGCGAUGAUCCCGCUGAAUCGAACGCCCUGCGUCGUAUUAAAUCUGCGGUCUCGCAUAGAAGACGCAACUCUGACCUCUUCACCCCAACGGAUGGCUCGUCAAAUGUGUUUAGCCGCCGCACAUUGACGGUUGAUUCCCGUACACCGGUAUACCAAGUCCGUAAGGCUACUGGAGUUGAUAUACCGCAUUCUUUGACGUUCGAACGGGUAUUGUCUGGUGCUUUUCGAAACAGAAAGCGCGAGGGCAGUCCUACUUCACGCAGAUCAACUAGAACCAACGUCGAGUUACCGUACCUGUCAUACGCUGCUACAGUUGGACGAAACUCCACUUUCGUGGACUUGACACCAGAGCAGAGACAAGAACUCGGUGGUAUUGAAUACCGGUCUCUAGUCGCCUUGGUAUGGGUUCUCGGCACAUACUUCGUCUUCCUCCACGUGUUUGGAAUAGUGUCGCUCCUGGUUUUCGUCUACACCGCACGUGGAUCUGCUUCGGUGGUCGAUGCUGCUGGUGCUCCGAGAGCUUGGUGGGCUAUAUUUACGGCUGCUUCCUCUUUCAAUGAUGUUGGCUUCACGCUCACACCAGAUUCGUUUCUGAGUUUGCAACGUGCAGCAUUUCUGCUUCUCGUAUGUGGCUUUCUCGUCGUCGUGGGAAACACCGGGUUCCCUGUCUUCUUGCGAUUCUAUAUUUGGGUAUUGUCGAAAUUGGUACCUGAUGAUUCCCCACGAAAGGAACCCUUGGCGUUUCUCCUGGACCACCCCCGACGUUGCUUCACGUUGUUAUUCCCCAGUGGUCCGACAUGGUGGCUAUUUGCUAUUCUAGUGGGGCUCAAUGUCAUCGACGUGAUUCUCUUCAUCAUCCUUGACUUGGGCGAUACGGCUGUCCAAUCAAUUCCUGGGGGAUACCGUUUCGUCGCUGCCUUGUUUCAAGCUAUCGCAACGAGAACGGCAGGUUUUGGUGUUGUGAGUCUUACUGCUCUUCAUCCUGCCAUACUAGUCAGUUACAUGGUCAUGAUGUAUAUCUCGGUUUAUCCUGUUGCCAUUAACGUCCGCAGGACGAACGUCUACGAAGAGCGCUCUCUUGGUAUUUACUCCGGGGAUGAUCUAGAAGAGCAGGGAACUUCUUUUGUCGGGACGCAUAUUCGACGUCAAUUGUCAUUUGAUCUAUGGUAUGUUUUCUUGGGACUUUUCCUUAUUGCCAUCAUCGAAAACCGCCGCAUCUCUGAGGGAGAUUAUGCAUUCAACAUGUUUUAUAUUCUGUUCGAAGUUGUUAGUGCAUAUGGUACCGUGGGACUGAGCACUGGUUACCCCACCAUCAAUGCUUCGCUGUCAGCCGAGUUUCACACUUUGAGCAAGCUCGUCAUCAUCGCCCUCCAAAUUCGAGGUCGCCACCGGGGCUUGCCGGUAUCGUUAGACCGAGCUGUUGUACUGCCGGGCGAGCACAUGGUUCGAAAGGAAGAAGAAGACAAUGCUAUGCGUGGAGCUGGAAGACGACGGUCCAUGUCAAUGUCACUAGCUGAAGACCGUGAUGACGCAUAGACAUUUCGUUUGUGUUGCAUUUGAAAGGAGUUAUGGUGUUUGUUUUUCGUUAUACGGGGCAUGAUCUGAACGUAAGGAAUAUAUUGAAAGGGAUUGAAAUCAUUAACGCCAGAAAACAAAAGAAGCCGACCCGAGUAUGACC